AUGUCUGCUGCUAUCUCCAAAUCCGAGAAUAAAACACCACCGGUUUCUUCAAAAAAUGUCCCAACUGUACCAAUAUAUAUGUUUGUUACUGUUGACUGUGAUUCAGACUCCUCAGAUAUUUUCGAUUUGUCACGUACUAUUGGUACUACUAAAACUUCUAAGCGUAAAGUGCUGAGCAAUCCAACGCAAAUUAUGACGCCUGUGGUUGCAGACCAUACCUAUGCCGCCGUGACAAAUAAAGAAAAUGUUGAUCAUCAGCAUAAAAAUAACUGGAAAAAUAUAAAAAAUGCGGGAGCUGUGACUAUAUUAUCCGAUGUUAAAGUAAACUAUGCAAUUAGUGAUUUAAGGAAAAUGAUCAGCAAUACAAAGCGGCAAAAUGUGUCUUCUUGUGACCUCAAAGUAGAUUUUCCUGAAAUUCUUGAAAGUUCAACAACUAAUUCUGUAUCAUUAAAGAAAAAAAAUUUUUUUCUAGUUCAAGUGAAAGUGAAUAGUGUUUCAUAUUGUUAUUUUGUUAAAUAG